AUAUACAGCACGCCUCCCUAUUUCUCAACAUUGAAUUGUUCAUCCUUAGGAAGCCAGAGAAAGAGUUCAUAAAAGAUCCCUCUCAGGCUUCUACUCUCUGCUCCCCAAUCUCAAUCUGUCCUUACCAAAUAGUAUUUAUGGAGAAAAUUGAACUAGUGAUGGUCAUGGCGCCAAUGAUGGGGCACUUAGUACCAGCCAUCGAGCUAGCUAAGAUAAUGCUUCAAAAAGCAAAUUGUCUUUCAAUCUCGUUCCUCAUGAUGAAUUCAACAUUCGACCCCGAAGCCACUGCCAAAAUCGAGUCUCUCACUGCCUCGUGCAAAUUUGAUCGCCUUCAUUUCCGUCACCUUCCGAUGCCAGACAUCUCUCAAUGGAAUAUUCCACAUCAAGGAAUCUACCUUCAUCAACUCACCGAGUUUCACAAGUCUAAUGUACGAGAAACAGUCUCUAAAAUCAAAGGUUUUGCAGGGAUUAUUGUUGACAUGAUAAACACGCCAAUGAUGGAUAUAGCUGACGAGCUCAGUGUUCCUAGCUACAUCUUUUUCACUUGUAGUGCGGCCUGUCUUGGCGUUAUGCUCCAUUUCCAAGCACUUGAAGAUCAGCAAACUAUAAAAACAUUGCAUUUACUCCAGAGAGAAACUAAAUUGGUCAUUCCUAGUUUUACCAACGAAGUUCCAAUUGGUGUACUCCCAAUAUUUACAACUUCCGAGAGAGUUUGGUCAGGCAGGUUCUUGAAGCAUACUCGCAAUUAUAGAAGAGCAAAGGGCAUCAUUAUCAACACUUUUGCUGAUUUUGAAUCUCAGGCUAUUGAUUCUUUGUCAAUGAAACAUUCUUACGGUACAACAGGAGUGCCAACCAUCUAUCCUGUGGGAUUAAUCCUGAAUAGAUCUCAAAUCCAGGCAGAAUCCACUAAAGGCCAUUUAGAAGUGAUUUAUUGGCUGGAUGAUCAGCCUGCAAAGUCGGUGCUUUUCAUCUGUUUUGGAAGUACAGGAAGUUUCAAAUUAGAUCAAGUGAAAGAAAUAGCACUGGGCCUUGAAAAAAGUGGCUAUCGGUUUAUUUGGGUUCUUAAGAGGCCCUCGGCUAUAAAAAUAGGAUUUGCAGGGGAAGUUGAGAAUCAUGGAGCUCUUCUACCAGAAGGAUUCUUGAAUCGAACAGCUUCGAUUGGAAAGGUUGUCAGCUGGGUUCCACAAUUGGCUAUUUUGUCACACCCGGCUGUGGGCGGAUUUGUCUCGCACUGUGGUUGGAAUUCAACGUUGGAGAGUAUUUGGUGUGGUGUGCCAAUUGCUACAUGGCCGUUGGUUGCAGAUGAACAAUUGAAUGCCUUCCAAUUGGUGAAAGAGUUAGGAAUAGCUGUGGAAAUUAGUUUGGAUUACAACGAAGCCAAUGAGCAUCAACCAUUGGUGAAAGCAGGACAAAUAGAGAAAGGAAUAAGGGAAGUGAUGGAUGGUGAGAACGAAGUCCGGAAAAGGGUGAAAGAGCUUAGUGAGAAAAGUAGGCAGGCUAUCAAGGAAGGUGGAUCAUCUCAUGUGACCUUUGAGAAUCUCAUACAUACUAUCUGCAGCAGCCUUCCUAAGUCUGGCGUUUGAAUUGCUAAACUUGGGGAUUUGAAGGGUGAAACUUGUGUGCUGAACUGAAAUGUUAAUUUGCUCUAUUUGUAAAGUUACAUGUGUUUGAUUAAAACUGUCAACAAACGGUAGGGGUCUGCUGAAAUCCCCACCACAGCAGGUGGAUUUCUUUGUUGCUCCCCAUUGGAAAGGAAGCUCCAGCUAGAGAGAAUAUCAAGAGGACAUGUAAAUUGCUGAAUGCAAAUAAUGAGCAAGUUUUUGUUUUUGUUUAAAAAAAAACACAUCCUUGGAUGGGCUUAUUGUAUUGUUUUUGUUCCUUUUCCAUUAAUUUGUUCGCCACAGUGAAUAAGUGCAAAAGCCUCUUCAGUGAAUAUUGUAAAGUGGAAACAAUAGGACAAAUGCUACCUUCUUUUUUUGUUCAA